UUUACAUUUGCCCUGCUCAAAAGCGGAACCUCAUAUAUUUCCAAGUCCUCUAAAAAUAUGUGAUACCGACCUUAUUGAUGAUGUUGAAGCUAUCAAAUAAAUGUACCCGAGUCGAACUCCAUGCACCUACAGAUUUAUUAUGUCACGAUUAAAUUUGAACUACAGAAGUAAUGUCAAUAAUGGCGGUCGCCGUCAUCCUGGAACCUUGCAUUAAAAUCAACAUGGCCAGGAUUCUCUGUGAUCGGGUGGAGACAGACACUGCACAGCCCGUGACUGAUGCAUUCACGUGCUUAAAUCUCAAAUUAUCUUGAGAUAAGGGUGCUGUUGGACCCAGGUGAAGUGUAUGCCGCAUCCUGGAAGCAGCCUCCGUUGGCUGGAUUUAUGCAGGUUUACCGGUUUCCAAAUAAGUAAAUGCAGAUAGAGGUGGAGGUCGGGCACUUGCCUUUAUUUUUAUGCCGCCCGCCCAAUCGACAAAUCCAAAGACAAUGUCGUCGACACCAGCCAGUAACAUCUACUCUCACUCAUGAGGGAAACAAGUAUUGGAACGAUGAUAAACUCCAUAAAUCCAGCCAAGCCGGAAAUUCAGGCUGAAAUGAAUUCAACAGAAAUAGCAAAGCCCCUCCAUCUCCAAAAGCUGGAUCUUUCUCUGGACGUUCGACCAUUCUUGUCUGAGGUCACGAAAAUUUUUGAAAGUCCUGCUAGUGAUGCUGAUUCCAGUGACUCUGAAACAGAUACAGGCGGCAGGGAGGCUUCUAAAAUUAAUGGUGAAAAAUUAUACAAUGGAAUUCCAACAUCAAAACAAGAAAGGAAAUCAGACAAGCUGAGGUUGUAUAACUUUUCCCAACUAUCUGGAGAAAGGGAGUGGUUAAAGGAUGUUCUCAUUAGUGAUUCUGAUGACUCGGAUUGUGACGAAAAUUGGAAUGUUGAUGAGCACAUUAAACACAUGCUUUACUACCAUCAACUCAGGCGGAAGUAUCAGAAGAAAUAUUACACCAAUCCUGAUAAUAUGCAAUACCAGUACUAUGGGGCAGGUCUUUUGUCAAAUUUUGACAAAUUCAGUGAACAUCAGAAGGCUGUCAUCGGUAACCGCAAGAAAAAGAAGAAAGAAAAAGUAGAGGUGAAAAAGAGGGGAAGAAAACCAAACAAAGACAAAAUCAUCCAUUCUGCCUUUAAUGAGUCAGAUCUAUCUCAUCUAAAUGAGGAAGAGCGUAACUUGUUGCGCAAGCUGAGAAUUGAGGAGUCAGGUCCUGCGGAAACUGGUAGAGCACCUCGUGGUCGUAAAAAGAAACAACCAAACAAAAGUCCAGAGGUUAUGGCUCAGCGCAGGAGAAAAAUAUGGGCUGUCAUGGCAAAGAAAGAAUUGGGGAAGGUACAGAGGGCAAAAGCCAAUAACCACAAGGAGCAACUUACUACUUGCCGUAGAGUGGCUACCUAUUGUAUGCGGCACUGGCGGCAAAAAGCCAUGCAGUCUCAGAAGAACAUGAAGGAAACGGUAUGGCGGCUAAAACGCUUGACCCGAGAGAUGCAGUCUUAUUGGAAGCGAUAUGACCGUGUUGAAAGAGAAACCCGACGCCGAAUGGAAAAAGAGGCUGAAGAGCAACGAAAAAUGGAUGUUGAAUUAAUGGAGGCAAAGCGUCAACAAAGGAAGUUAAACUUCCUCAUCACUCAGACAGAGCUUUAUGCACACUUCAUGUCUAGAAGAUUUGGUUCAAUAGCAAGUCAAGAGCAACUAAGAAUCCUUAGUCAGUUGGAUGAAGAGAAAAACCCGAGACUACAAGCUGUUGAUGACUAUGACAGUGAUGUCAUGAAAUCAAAAGUGAAGCAAAAUGUAAGUCAAGCAUUCCGUGCAGAACAGCAGCGGACUAGAAAAUUUGCUCCAUCAUCAGGUCAAGCUCAGGCACAGGCAGAUUCAGCUAUAGAAAAUUCUUUCAAUCCUCAAGAAGAGCAGCCACAACCACUCAUGUUCAAAGGAAACUUGAAACACUAUCAAUUGAAGGGAUUAAGCUGGAUUGCUAAUUUGUAUGAUCAGGGUAUCAAUGGUAUACUUGCUGAUGAGAUGGGUCUUGGGAAAACUGUCCAGUCAAUCGCUGUUAUGUGUCAUGUUGCUGAAAAAUAUGGCAUAUGGGGUCCUUUCCUAGUGAUUUCUCCAGCUUCUACCCUACAUAAUUGGCAGCAAGAAAUGGCUAGAUUUGUUCCUGAUUUUAAAGUUGUGCCAUAUUGGGGUAGCCCUCAGGAAAGAAAAAUCUUGAGAGGUUUUUGGGAUCAAAAAGAUAUGCAUACUAAAGAAGCUAGUUUUCAUGUUGUGAUAACUAGUUACCAGCUUGUUAUUCAAGAUUUCAAGUACUUCAAUCGAAUCAAGUGGCAAUACAUGAUCCUGGAUGAAGCUCAAGCUAUCAAGAGUACAAGUAGUGUGAGGUGGAAGUUACUCCAGUCAUUUAGUUGUCGUAAUAGGCUGUUGCUCAGUGGGACCCCAAUCCAGAACAGUAUGGCUGAGCUUUGGGCCCUGCUUCAUUUCAUAAUGCCCACAUUAUUUGAUUCACAUGAUGAAUUUAAUGAAUGGUUCUCAAAAGAUAUUGAGAGUCAUGCUGAAAACAAAACUGCAAUGGAUGAAAAGCAUCUCACUCGUUUGCACAUGAUCCUAAAACCAUUCAUGCUUCGAAGAAUCAAGAAGGACGUUGAAAAUGAACUUUCAGACAAAAUUGAAGUGAUGGUUCAUUGCCCUUUGACAACUCGUCAGAAAUUAUUGUAUUCAGCUCUAAAGAAGAAAAUUCGUAUAGAAGACCUGCUUCAAACUUCUACAGGAUCGUCUCAGUCUGCUCAAAGUGUGACAUCUAGUCUUAUGAACCUUGUCAUGCAAUUUAGAAAGGUUUGCAACCACCCUGAGUUGUUUGAGAGAAGAGAGGCUAGGUCUCCAUUAUUUAUGCGCUGUGAAUCCUACAUUAUUCCAAAACUAGUAGCUGAAUAUGGCAUUUUGCAUCAUAGUAUUCCAAGCAAAAGACACCUGCUCCUCAAUCUUCUUAAUAUAUUUACUUCUGAGUACCUUCACAACAGUCUUUAUUCAACCGCAAGAUCUCAAGGAAAUGAAUAUAGCAGUGGCACUUUUGGAUUCAUGCGAGUACUAAAUUUAACUCCACAAGAUCUUCACAGUAUUGUACAUUUUGGUAUCUUGGCCAUGUGGCAAUUCAUGUGGCGGACACAUCGAGAAGCUGACCUGGCUUGUCAUGAGCAACAGUGGAGCGAAGUUGAAGAGGCCUCUUGUAGUCCCUGGAGUUUUCAAAGGAGAAGAACACAGUUGCUUGUGAAUUACAGUUUGCCCUUUGCACCAUACUAUUUGAGGACUAGCUCUUUUCUCAAGGAUUUUGUUUUUACUGGCAUGACAUCUAGUCAAAGCACUGUCUAUACACACACACUUCAUACAUACCACUCAAUACCUGAAACUGUUGAACAUCGGCUUCUUCGCAGCAAAAAGGUUAAACCAGUUGCUCUAAUUGAAGUGAAGACAGAACCUGGAACACCCUUGUCACCAACUAAAGUGUCUCCUCGCAAUCCUUUGGGAAGCCCUUCCAAGUUACCUCGUGGUGUGAGCGCAGCUUCUAAUAUGGCAGGAGAGAAUUUUCCAGGAGGGAAAGUAACACUUCUUCCUGAAUUUCCUCACAUACCUAGGCCACCUCUCAAAGUGGAAUGUGCACAGACAUCGAUGCCAUCUUUCCUCUAUUAUACAAGUCCAAAGAUAACUGUUCGCAGCCGAAGUAUGUUUGCCAGUAGCAGAGCAGCUGCUUGGCAUCAAAUUCAACAUGACAGCUGUGGAAAUCCGGAAGCAAGAGAAGUGGUUUGGCUUGGACAGCCUAGUAUAGCUGAGCAGGUAGCAAAAGCCAAAGAGUAUUUUGUUCCAACAACACCUGGCGGUCUAGUUGGCUCAGCUCCACCAUUUGGAUGGUCAAGUGUUUUGAUCCCAGACAAACAGAUUCUAGUCACAGAUGCUGGAAAGUUGUAUGUUUUGGAUGGGCUUCUGACACGGUUGAAAGAGCAAGGCCACAGAGUACUUAUAUACUCUCAGAUGACAAAAAUGAUUGAUCUUCUGGAGGAGUAUAUGUGGCACAGAAAACUCACAUACAUGAGGCUUGAUGGUUCAUCUAAAAUAUCAGAACGCCGUGAUAUGGUUGCUGAUUUCCAAGCAAGGAAUGACAUUUUUGUCUUUCUCUUGAGUACCAGGGCUGGAGGUCUAGGAAUUAAUUUAACAGCGGCAGACACUGUUAUUUUCUACGACAGUGACUGGAAUCCCACUGUUGAUCAGCAGGCUAUGGAUCGAGCUCAUCGCUUAGGUCAGACAAAGCAGGUGACCGUUUACCGUCUCAUUUGCAAAGGAUCAAUUGAGGAACGAAUUCUGCAGAGAGCAAGAGAAAAGAGUGAGAUUCAGAGAAUGGUCAUCAGCGGAGAGCAAUUCAAACCGGACACACUAAAACCCAAGGAAGUGGUUUCCUUGUUGUUGGAUGAUGAUGAAAUUGAGAGUAAAUACCGCCAGAAGCAGCGGGAGCGGCAGCAGUACGAGGAGCUCCGCGAGCGAGAGAAGAAGAGGCGCUUCUCGGGGCUGCCGAGCGCAGACGGCGGGUCGCCGUCGUCGCCGUGGAGCAAGCGAGCCCGCCUGGACGGCGCCGAGGACACGUGGGUCAACGUGGACUCGGACCCCAACAGCCCCGCGCCGAGCGAGAGCUCACUCACUGCCACCGGUCCUCUGGACGACAAGAUAGACACGCACAUCAUGAUGUAUGACAGGCCGGUAGUCAGCACAGCAGUCCGACGCUCUGGGAGGGGUGGACGCCGAGGCAGACCGAGGGGCGUACGAAGGGGCGCCGGAAGGGGUCGGAUGGACUCCGGUGUCGUGGCUUCCAUCGUCGGGGAGAUGCCCAGCUCUCCCGCGCCGUCGCCCGCUCUGUCCGCGACGUCGUCUCCAGUGCCGUCGCCCGCUCUGCCCGCGGCGACGCCGUCAGCGCCGCCAGUGCAGUCGCCGGCGCCGUCCUCCGCCGCGGGGGAGGCCGCUACGCCGGUGGCGUUGACGUCGCCAGCACCCAGCACCCCCGCGCCGCCCGCGCUGCCCGUCCGCCGAGGGCCGGGCAGGCCGCGCCUCAAGCCGGGGACCAAGCCCGCCAACACGGGGACCAGGGGCACGGGGGCCAGGGGCUCGGGGGCCAGGGGCACGGGGACGAGGCGGCCGCGGAGGCCCGUGCGGCCCCUGCCGGUGCCCCUCGGCCGUGUCACCUCGCAGCAGCCGCAGCUCGGCCAUCAGGCCCAGCAGGCCGGCAUCGGCUUCUACACGCAGCGGGACAUGUCCUCGCAGGACUAAGGCUCAUGAUGGGAAUUCCACUGAGUGAUUCCACUCUGAUUGUUACAAUUUUAGUUAUUUACAUGAUUAUGAUGUACAUUUUUUGUCACACGGCUGGGUUUGUCUGUCUUGCCAGAACUCAAUUUAGUAAUUUUGGGCCAAUUUGAUAGGUCUUCAUCAAUACAUGUUUUUGACUCACCAGCAUGUUUGUGAAAAUUAUAUUUUACAGUCUGAAGUUUGACUUUUUUCUUGCUUCUGUCUGUAUGUUUUUUCCUCAAUGAAGGUAGAUGGGUUGUGCCUGUUGGUUGCACUAAAAAGUAUGACUUCUUGGUUGUGUAAUUCUCGUUUUGAGUGUAGGCUGCAUAUGUAAUAUAUGGCAUAAAUGAGCAUUUAUUUCAUCAAUGAAAAUUUAUCUAGGUUUUUCUUCCUAUUGUGCUCAGGUUGAAAUGAUAUUGCAUGGAAAUAAGACUGAUUAUCUCUAUAAAGUGUUCUAUUGUCUACUUAGUUCUGCAAUAUUUUUAGGGUAUUACCUUUUUUUUCUUCUGCAUAAAAGAUAUUUUCUGAUCACUUUAAAGCAGGAAGGAAGAUUCUGUCUAGUCCUAACUACGCUUAUUCUUCCACUUAUUGUACUUAUGUUUUUGGUACGGACUGUUCAAUCUUUCCACAAUUCUUUAAAUGUGAAUCUCGGCUUUUAUGUAGAGUACAUUAAAACUUGUACAGUUUACAUUAAUUUUCAGUUUUUGAAACUGAAAUGAUGUUUUUAGAAAUGAAUUGUAACAUUAGCUUUAGGUACUGUGUACUAGACUGUGAUGAUUUUCUUCUAUUUGGAACAGGCGUUAACUCAUGUUUUGUAAUUUUCAUUGUUACCUGACCAUUGGAUAUGAAAGAACAAUGUAAUUCUAUUUCAGAAGUUUUAGCAUUUGUGCAUAAAAUAAGUAAUAAAAUUGAAAUCAGCAUAUA